CUCAAACUACUUGCCACAGAGACGUAGAGCCGCCAUUCAAGUUUCACGAGCCGCCAUUAAUGGCGGCCGAGAACAGUGGCAUCGCCGGUCUCCUCUUCCUCUUCUAUCUCUUGGCCUCCCAAGUCUCGUCUCAAGCACCAUCAAUCCGCGAACAGAAGCAAAUCCUGCUCCAGAUCAAGCGCGAUUGGGGCGACGAGCCGGCUCUGGCUUCUUGGAAUGACACCACCUCCUCCUCCCACUGCGCGUGGCCGGGCGUGGGCUGCGCCGCCGGCGGCGCCGUCGUCAACCUCAGCCUCUCUGGCUUUACAGGGCCGAAGAUCUCCCGUCCCAUUCCCGCUUCGGCCCUCUGCCGCCUUCCCAACAUCACCCUCCUCGACCUCAGCUUCAACGACAUCCCCGGCGGCUUCCCCACCGGCCUCUUCCUCUGCUCCGGCCUCCGCUACCUCGACCUUUCCCAGAACCGCUUCGUCGGCGCCCUCCCUUCCGACGUCGACCGCCUCUCGCACCGCCUCACCCACCUCGACCUCUCUUCCAACAACUUCUCCGGCGGCGUCCCGGAGGCCAUCGGCCGCUUGCCGGCAAUGCAAGAGCUGCUGCUCAAUAGUAAUCUGUUCGACGGGAGCUUUCCUCAGGCGAUCGGGAACCUCUCAGAGCUACGACUGCUCACGCUCGCCUACAACCCCUUCUCGCCAGCGAGGAUUCCGCCGGAGUUUGGCAAUUUGACUAAGCUACAGGUUUUGGUGAUGACGGACAUGAAUCUCCAAGGAGAGAUACCGGAGUCAUUUGGGAAGCUGAUGGAAUUGGUUCACUUGGAUUUGGCAUAUAACGAACUCACCGGAGCAAUCCCCGCCGGGAUUUGGAGCCUCCCAAAAUUACAACUUUUGUAUUUAUACAACAACAAUUUAUCCAGCUCCAUCGUAAUCGAAGGGGAAAUUAGAGCUCUGGACUUGGAGAAGUUGGAUGUUUCAGGAAACCAGCUCAAUGGAUCGAUACCAGAGGAGUUCGGCAAGCUACAGAGCCUCUCUAUUCUCCACAUGAGCUUCAACCAGUUCACCGGCGAUAUUCCUGCCAGCAUCGGCCGGCUUCCGUCCUUGACCGAUCUCCGGUUAUUCAACAACAUCUUAACCGGCGCCAUGCCGCUGGAGUUGGGCAAACAUUCGCCGCUAUGGAAUGUGGAGGUGAACAACAACAUGCUCUCCGGCGAACUCCCUGAUGGGCUGUGCGAUGGCGGUGGGUUUACUUCCAUCGUCGUGUUCAAUAACAACUUAACGGGAAGGAUUCCGGCGACGCUCGGGGAGUGCUCGACACUCGACAACUUCCAGAUUUACAACAAUCAGUUCUCCGGCGAGGUGCCGGAGGGGAUUUGGUUAGCAGAGAGCAUGACCACGAUGAUGAUGAGCGAUAACGCCCUAUCCGGUCAGCUUCCAGAGAGACUUCCCCUGUUUCUAAGUCGGCUGGAAAUUAGGAACAAUAAAUUCACUGGGAGAAUCCCGUCCAUCGCCGGAAAUUUAUCAGUGUUCUCAGCGAGCAACAAUAUGUUCUCCGGCGAUCUUCCAUCGAGCUUGGCUGGUCUCUCGAGGCUCCAAUCCAUUGAUCUGGGAGGAAAUAUGAUAACAGGAAGAAUUCCCGAGAAUCUCUCGUUGCUGGCAUCGCUUUUUCUGCUCAAUCUAAGCAACAAUCGAUUGGCCGGUGAAAUUCCGGCGUCGAUUGGCUCGCUGCCAGUUCUGAACUCCCUCGAUCUGUCGCAAAACGAUCUUACUGGCGAGAUUCCGCAGGAGAUGGGCAACCUCAACCUCAACUACCUGAACCUUUCCUCCAAUAAACUCUCCGGUGAGGUCCCGGCGAGGCUACAAAGCUCAGCCUACGACAAGAGCUUCCUCUCCAAUCCCGGCCUCUGCGCGUCCAACUCUCGCAUCGACGUCGCCGCUUGCUCCUCCGCCUCGAGAGGCAGCUCUGGAGGGCUCUCACGCGGCCUCCUCGCCCUCUUCAUCGUCGUAGGCGCGCUUGCGCUUCUUAUGGCCUUCUCCGUUUUCCUUCACUGGGACUUAAAGAAGAGACGAGGCGACGGUGACACGUGGAAACUGAUCUCAUUCCAUUCGUUGGAUUUCAGGGAAUCCAACAUCCGCAGCGGCAUCAACGAGGAGAAUCUAAUCGGCAGCGGCGGCGCCGGGAAGGUGUACAAAAUCACCGUCGGCCACCGCACCGACGAAAUCGUGGCCGUCAAAAAGAUUCGGAGCGGAAAGAAGCUUGACGCUGCGCUCGAGAAGCAAUUCGAAUCGGAAGUCCAAAUCCUGGGCUCGAUCCGUCACAAGAACAUCGUCAAGCUGCUCUGCUGCAUCUCCGGCGAGGAUUCCAAGCUGCUGGUCUACGAGUACAUGGAGAACGGGAGCCUCGACCGGUGGCUUCACAGGAAGCCGUCGUCUCCGGCGGCGGGAGGGGGGCUCGACUGGCCGACUCGGUUGGAGAUCGCCAUCGGGGCGGCGAGAGGACUGUGCUACAUGCACCACGACUGCUCGCCGCCGAUCAUCCACCGAGACGUCAAGUCGAGCAACAUCCUACUGGACUCGGAGUUCAACGCUCGCGUCGCGGACUUCGGGCUGGCGAGGAUGAUGGCGAAGGCCGGCGAACAGGGCCUAGUCUCCGCCAUUGCCGGCACCUUCGGCUACAUGGCUCCAGAGUGUGGGCAUUCCAGCAGAAUAGACGAGAAGGUGGACAUAUACAGCUUCGGCGUCAUCCUUCUCGAGCUGACCACCGGAAGGGAAGCUCAGGACGGCGGCGGCGACGAGCAAUGCAACCUGGCAGAGUGGGCUUGGCGGCGACUCCUGCGAGGAGACUGCCUUCGCGACGCGUUAGAUCCUCGAAUCAAGGAGUCGCCUUCCGUCGAAGACAUGACCAUGGUGCUCCAGCUGGGCAUCAUGUGCACCACCAGACUGCCUUCGCGACGGCCUUCCAUGAAUGAGGUGCUGCACUUCUUGCUCCAGUGCUACCGGCCGACGGCCGGCGUCAAGUAUGAUCCUUGUGCGGAGCAGGAUGCGGCCGCGCCUCUCCUAUCCGAUGGCAGCGCCGACGCCAACUUGGCGAGCAAUGUCUGAGACGACAAU